CAAAGACACUCCCCCCACUAUCGAUUGAGUGAUCGACGCGGCUAACCUCGCGUUAUUGACGUACCCGAACUAUUUGAUCCAACGCAACCCGACAAGACGGUCAAUCUUGCCAAGUGCAGUGCAUUCAGCUACACUUUUUCUUCUCUCUCUCUUACGAUUCUGUCAUCGAUAUCGAACUGAUCAUGGAGGAGCAAUUGGUCCUUGCGUCGACGCCUGCAGACGGCGUACGCGUCCUCGCGUUAAACAGACCCUCCAAGCGAAACGCCCUCUCGCAGGAGCUCAUUACCGUGUUUCUGGAACAGCUGAACACGGCGUCCAAGGACGAUGGCGUGCGAGUCAUUGUCAUCACCGGCAGCUCUUCUUUCUUCUGCGCGGGAGCUGAUAUCGGGGAGAUCUCGCGGCUCGAUGCGGAAGACGCGCGGGGCUGCCGCUAUCUGGCGGACCUUUGCUCGGGGAUGCAGGCCGUGCGCAAGCCCUUGAUAGCUGCUGUUGAGGGAAUGGCGCUCGGAGGGGGCUUUGAGCUUGCUCUCAUGUGUGACCUGAUCUUUUCCGCGGACGGAAGCCGCUUCGGUCUUCCAGAAGUCAAGAUUGGUCUCAUCCCUGGCGCUGGUGGUACACAGCGUCUGACCAACGCCGUGGGAAAGUACAAGGCCAUGCAGAUGAUCCUCCUUGGUCAGCCCAUAUCAGCGGAAGAGGCCCGGUCCGUAGGUCUUGUCGCGCAGCUGUAUGAGAGCGGCAAAGUCCUCGAGCACGUUGUGAAGGAUCAUGCAUCGACGCUUGCGGCCCUGAGCCCCACGGCGCUGGGCUUGGCUAAGGAGGCUAUCUGUAGAUGUAAGUGGUCAUCAUGUAGUUUCGUAUGCCACGUUGACUAACAUGCUCAUCAUAGCUGAUAGUUUGGGGGUCGAUCAUGAGUUUGAGAGGAGUUUGUAUUACUUUGCGUUUGGGACGCGGGAUAAGCGAGAGGGUGUCAAGGCGUUCUUGGAGAAGAGGAAGCCAGAAUGGGGGCCUAGGUAACUGUACGCGUUGGUCCUUCUGUAAAGUGGCAGUAUAUGCAUGACGCAGUGAUGAUAGUUAACGUUCAAAGUGUAUGCUUCUGUGGAGGGAUAUCAUUGGUGCGCGGUAUAUGCCUGUAUUCUCUUGGACGAUCCCGCGCUGCCAAGCUUUGCUGUCAGUUGAUGAUAUUGUCGAUCAUUGAUUAUCAAUUGUCCGGCCUGGCUGGCCUCAGUCGAAUCUCACUGCUCAGUUCUCACAUUUUCAGGCUCGGCACUGAGCUUGUCAACCUCUUAACAUUUGUGUACACAGUCAGCGCUUCUGUAGUCUUGCCAAUUAUUCUUAGGUGCUAGGCUCUGGCAUUGGUACAUUCACUCCUGUCUUGUACCCCCUCAUGAAUAUCAGGUGA